AGAAUAUUAUUCUGAAAGAUAUCGAACUCGUAAAUACUAAUAGCCCCAUUAUAAACCAAUUACCUGAACAAAAUGGCCACAAUGUCGGCAUGGCAAUUGAGAAAAGAAGAAGAAAAAAGGACCGACUAAAAUUUGUAUAAAUUCGUCAGAAAUUGAAAAUCUAAACAGUUCGAGUCUUGUACCAGUACAGUUCACGUAUCGAAGAAAUUUCACAAGUUUAUAAGCUGAGAAGUGUCCACGUAUUACAAAAAUGGUGUCAAAUGAAAUAGCGAAAGAAAUCUGCAAAGAGAUCCUGCAGGGAAGUCUUCAAUGUGAUAUCUGCUGCAGAUUCCUCUUUCCAAAUAAGCAAUGCGCUUCAGGGCAUACUAUUUGUGCCACAUGCCUGACCAAAGUAAAAAGUUGCCCUUUUUGCAGAAGACGAUCCAGAUUUUCUGAAAAUUUGGCUCUCACGUCCAUAGCGUCAUCGUUUCCUGUACGUUGCGCUGCAGGCUGCGGAUACACGGGAUCUCCACAGGAUAUGGUGUUUCAUUUGAGCGAGUGUGAGCGCAAGACCUUUGAAUGUCCAACAAGAAGAGUCUUGCCAAAUUUGUCAUCAGAAAAUUCCCAUCCUGGAAGACAGAAGGUGUGCCGCCAUUUUGUUGAAGACCACCCGCAUCUCCUAAUCAAGGAGAACAAAAUGGAAUUGAAAUUCGAUGAAUAUUUUUAUCGAUAUGUUUACAACUCCGGUUCAUCCACCAUCUGUGCGGAUCAAUGUUUUUAUAUGGAUGGCAAUGUCAUUCAAUUAUGGUUGCAAGUUAGUCUUCAGAAAAAACGACUUCGGGUGGCUCUGAUGUUUUAUGGUCCAGAAAUAGAACGAUAUAAGUAUCAGUGCCUGAUUCGCCUGAUGGUAAGCAAAAGAGCUAAACAGAAGAAGUUUGUUUGGUGCGCCCCAUAUUCUUCCACCUUUGAAGAAAUUCCAGAUAAUUAUGUUGCAGAGUUCUGUUUUACACGAAUGGGGGAAUUUCACUUGGAAAUGAUCAAUAACUCCGAAUGACAGCGUACAUAUUUUUUGUAUAUUAUUAUUGAGCAGUGAUUAAAGUUUAGGCAAUAUUUAUAAACUUUUUGUUAUAUGAAAUCUUUUUCACAUUAAUUUACAUUAAACAUUAUUUUUUUAUUA